CGCCUCGCCCCCCUCGGGUCCUCAAGUAAGCCUAGGGCUGCCUUAACCAAGAAACUGGACCAGAACAUCCGCUGAAAGUAGACGCCGCGAGCUGCCAGAUCCCAGUCGCCUCAGCUCCAAAAGUAUUUACGUGUUUCCGCGUGCCGGAGCCACGUCCGAGCACUGGCCGACCGCUGUGCCGGCGAAGGAUUCAGCGUGAAUGUACAGAUAAGAGGCCAACGGGCGACACCGGAGAAGCCGAUAUGACGUCAUGAUAGUCGACUUAACUCAAAUCACUACGUUGUACAAGGCGCAUUUCAAAAACUUCCCCCUCUCACUCUUACUUUACGCCCCUCGCUACCCCUCGCCCUUGUCCGUUUAGCCUCUUUUCUUUGCAGUGCUUAAGCACAAAACCUAGACGGCAUGAAGGAAUGUACGAAUUUUCGAUGAACCUUGUGGUUUUACUCUUUGUUGUACUGCUACCUUGUUGUUAAGGAAAAUUCACCAAGAAGACUUGAAAAUUUUACUUUCAAGAUGGCAUGUCCUUCGGUUGAUAAGAAUCUUUUGCCAAUGAAGGCUCACUAUUUCCUGUUUAAUGCAGGAUCAGCACCGAUAGUCCCUUUCUUGCCUGUUUAUGCCAGACAGUUGGGAUUUUCGUCAUUUGUUGUUGGAAACACAUAUGCGGUGUUACCAAUAUUUGGAAUGCUUUCUAAACCACUGUUUGGAGCUAUUUCAGACUACUUUAAGCAACAGAAAUUUCUUUUUUUGUUGUUCCAACUUUUGUCUGCUAUUGCUCUCUUCACCAUUCAAUUUCUGCCUGAGGUUCCCACUAAGUCUCCUGUGGAGUUUCACUGUCAUCAAGAGUCAUUUCUAGUAAUGUGUAACAAUGUUGAUCCAGCUGCCAUAGACCGUGUUGAAAAAGCAUCCUUACAAAAUGGCACUGUUCUCUGUAAAGUCCAGUGUGAAAUAGGGAAUAACAGUAGCUUUUACGAAGACCUUUGUUCUGAUUGGCAUGUAAACAAUGGAUAUUGCAAAAAUCCUGAAGCAUUGCCGGCUGGCUCACCAACCAUACCUGUUGGAUCAAAAAUAUUAGAAAUGACUGCAGAACUGCCUAUGGUUCACUAUGUUAGGCAAGGAAAUUGUUCUUUCUUCAAGGUUCAUAAUGCAAUUUUACCCAAUGCCAAACCUUUAAAUCCUUAUUGUGAUGUCACUUUGCAAAAGCUUCAGUGUAAUGCUGUUUGUGACAAUUCUGCUGUCAUGGAUCUCAUUACAAGACCUGCUGAUGAUAAUUACUCUCCAGCUUUAUCAUAUCAGUUCUGGCUUUUCUUCCUUCUCCUUAUUGUUGCCUGGAGUAGCAUGGCUGUGGUUGGCAGUGUUGGGGAUGCAAUUUGCUUUGGCAUGUUAGGUGACAAGCCAAACCAUUAUGGUCAGCAGAGACUGUGGGGAGCUGUGGGAUGGGGUCUCUUCACUCUUAUUGCUGGUGUUCUUGUUGAUGAACUCAGCAAAGAUAAAUUCAAGAAAGACUACACGAUUGCCUUCUACAUUGUCGUAAUUAAUGUUUUAUUGAGUAUUGUUGUAUCUUAUCAGUUGAAGUAUAGUCAGACUCAUAUUUCAAGAAAUAUCUUGCGCGAUGUGGGAUUGAUGUUCUCUGAGGCACGAAUUCUUAUAUUCAUUGCAUGGUGUAUUAUUGUUGGUAUUAAUACCGGUAUGCUCUGGCAGUUCUUGUUCUGGCACCUGGAAGACUUAGCAGGUGUUGAUACGAAGUGGAUCAAAGCCUUGCAAGGCUUAGCUGCUGGUGUUCAGUGCUUUGGGGGAGAGCUCCCAUUCUUCUUUUUAUCAGGCUGGAUCAUAAAACGUCUGGGUCAUAUUCAUGUCAUGACACUGGUUUUACUGUCCUUUGGUGUUCGAUUCAUCCUAUACUCUGUGCUAACAAACCCUUGGAUGUGUCUACCGAUUGAGCUUCUCCAAGGUGUCACAUUUGGCCUGUUCUAUUCAACUAUGGCAUCAUAUGCAAGUAUUUUAUCAGUGCCUGGCACUGAAGCAACUGUUCAGGGUCUUGUUGGGGCUGUAUUUGAAGGAGUUGGAGUAUCCUUAGGAAGCUUCAUUGGAGGUGUAGUUUUCUAUGCCUACUCUGGUGCUGUCAUGUUUGGAAUAUUUGGAGGGCUUUCUAUUGUGCUUGCAAUACUACAUGCUGUAAUCCAACACUACCUUUCUAAACAACCCACGUCACCUUCUAGAGAUAAAGAGAGUAGUGUGAACCGUGCCAAUAAUGAAGAGCAGUUAGAGAGGCUUCAAGACAGUACGGUAUGCCCCACCGAAUGAAGCAAAUGAAACUUGUGAUGAUCAACAAAUUCUUACUGCAACCUGAGAAGAUCUAAACUUUUGGCCACAUUCGUAAGAGCGGAUAUUCCAUUGAGUGCCCUUUUAUAUCAUCGUGUAGUAAAAAUCUUAAAUUUUCCCUCUCCUUCGCCAUAUUUUUGGGUGUGAUCACUUAUGUUAAGUAUUUCUAUUUUAAAAAGAAAGUUUCUUUCCUUAACUUUGCCCAGAACUUUAUUCAUUCCAAAAUUUGAAGAGUGUGUGAAGCAAAAUGUCCUGGAGACUGCAACUAACUUUAUCUUAAGUGCCUUUGUGUGUGAAAAUGCAGUAGACCAUUUGUUGUGUGAUUGUAAGUCAACACAAUUUUUCAAUCAAAUGUGACUUUGUGAUAUGUUGGACUGCUUGAGUAGGUAAGAGUUCAAAAAUCAGUGUUGUAAAAUUGCCUUUUUUUACUUAUACAUUUUAGGAAAUAACUUGCUUGGAAAAAAUAUUAAAGUUACUGAGCUUUUUAUCUAAGACUGGAUCCCACUUAACAGGGUUAUGUAUUUUUUAAAAAUUAUUGGGAAGGAGAUGUUAAUUAACUACCCAAAACAAAUUUAACAAUGGUUUUAUUUUUGUGCAGUCUAGUUUGUGCAAUCUUCUCUAAAGAAUCUGUAAUGGCAAGCAAUCUACAAUGACGAAGUCAAACCAUGCUCAAACGAUUCACCAAAGUUUAAAUCUAUUUUCAUUUAAAUAAAAGUUAUAGAUAAGUUUAUCUUGCUUUAACUUUUGAUUUUCUAUCGAUGGGUUGUAAAGAGUGCAGUGCAACAUUGCCAAAGAAAUAGAAUCAAUUUUGUUCAAGUCCCAGAGGGACACCAGUCAGUGUAGAGGAGUAAGAUUCUUUUUUGUCUUCUGAAUUUUAUAGACAUUUAUAUGAAGGGACUGACAACUUGGAACAUGUCCUUUGCAGUCAUUUCGGCCAAGAAGUCUAAAGUAAUUUUCAUAAGGCCUACAUUCUUCAAUAUUGUUAAACAAUAUUGUUGACACCUCAACAGUUUAAUUUUUUACUGUGUACCUUUUUUUUUUUGCCCAAUAGGCUGACUUUAGAGGAGCGUGUAGGGGAUGCGUAGAGGAAUGUUCUGACGUUGCAGGACAUUUUGGGUGCAGGUGCGAUAUUUGAAGUGAGCGCCUGGUGGUUGGGGCGUGACACAGCCUCUGUGGACGGCUAAGGGUAGGCCUUGUCAGAAAGGGAGUUCGCAGAACGCGUCGCUCUUGUCCCGUAUAACACAAUGCUCAGGUAGAAUGAGGACUUGUCUCCUCGAUAACACCCUUCCAGCCACAGGACCGUUGUCUCACAUUCCGGAAGAUUUUUGCCUACUGACAGGGCGCUUACUUAAAAUUGCAUUUUUAACUAUUCGUCUGCGAAUCCAAAGUGUUACAUAUCAAAACACUCCUCUAGAUACCCCCAAAGUCUGUCAAUUGGCUCAAGAAACACCUUGUAUGUACAGAAAUGUAAAAGCUGAUGUUUGAUUGCUUUAAAUCUUUUCCCGUUUUACAGCACUACUAAUUCUACGAGAUCAUUUUCAGCUUAUGAUAGUCCUUCUUUCUUUCUGUGAUGAUCAUCAUUAUUUCCAAGAAGCUCUUCGUACCAGGUGGCUGAUUUAACCCCGCGCACUUUUGUACUCAUACUGUGCAGCGUGCGGACGGGUUUGACGAUCGUCGCUGACCACGACGGCUUACACUCUAGAUGUUAAGGGACAAUUUUGUUCCAUAAAAGGUAACGGUUUUAGGUACAUAACUGUCCCUUUACAUUUAGAGUGUACGGCCCCGACCGGAUAGGGAUAGGUGACCCGCCUGCAUGCGGUACAGUCUAGCUCUAAAAGUGUGCGGUAUGAGGUAUUUAGCCGAUACGAAAUCGGAAGGAAGAAGAAGCCCUGGAGCCAAACAAACCUUCAAUUGUUCAGGUUUUAAGCAGACGAAUUCAUUGAACAAUUGAAGGUUUGUUUGGCUCCAGGGCUUCUUCUUCCUUCCGAUUUCGUAUCGGCUAAAUACCUCAUUAAUCAGCCACCUGGUCUAUCAUAAUGACCUCUCUGUAAUCAACGGCCGUCAUGGGUUACCAAGUAGUUUCUAAUUUUUUAUGUUAAGGUUAUACAUUUGCUCAAUAUUGUUGAAUAAGUGAUCAUCCAACCAUUAUGUACUAAUAUUUCAUUACCUACUUUUUUGUGAUUUUAUCGUUUUACCUUUCGUGAGGUGGCCUGUGAACAAAAUGAUUUGGAUCUCAAAUAAAUAUAUCCACUAAGCAGCUCCAGCUCAUCAUAGGUGCUUAGCAUUCAAAAGCUUCUCGGAGAGUCAGUAUUAUAUGUGAAUUUGCUGGUUAUGCCAUGUGCAAUUGUUUUCCUAUAAAUGUUUUCAAACAA